AUGAACUUCACUGCCGUUCUUGGCUUGUUGGCCUUUGCGGCGGCAGUCUCCGCUGACCCAAAGCGAUCCCCUCAUUCUUCGGAUUCCAUCGCGAAUCUGAAAAGCAAGAUUAAGAAUAUUGUCAUCUUGGAGAUGGAAAACCGCUCCGUGGACAACCUGCUUGGCGGGCAGACUCUCAAGGGACUGGAGAACCCUAUCAACAACGGCCCUUUCUGCAACCCGUAUAACUUGACCGAUGCUUCAGCGGGCACAGUGUGCAGCUCUGCCAAGGACUUUGACUCUGUUUUGGAUGAUCCUGAUCACUCGGUGACUGGAAACAACAUCGAGUUCUAUGGCACUUUUGCCCCCAGCAAUAUCCACAUUGCCGAGGGCACGCUCACUCCCACCCAGCAUGGCUUUGUGCAUGAGCAGCUACGCAGCUACGGGGACGAUGCCGACAAAGCUUAUCUGGCCAAGCAGGUCAUCAACUACUAUAUCGAGGAUGAGGUUCCGGUAAUGACUGAGCUGGUGCAGAACUAUCUCACCUUCAACCACUGGCAUUCGGAUCACCCUGGCCCUACCAAUCCCAACAGGGCCUUUGUGCUCUCAGGUACAUCUGCCGGCCACGGCACCAACGAUAACGCCUUCAACGUAGAUGUCCAUGCCCUCACUCAACGUUCUAUCUUCCAGCAGCUCUCAGAGACCAACCACACCUGGAAGAACUACUACACAAGCUCUAAUAUGGUCGACGCUUACUUCUUUGACUGGACAUUUACAAGUGGUAACGCCGACAAAGCAGUCCCUCUAGACAACUUCUACAAGGAUGCGGCAGCUGGAAACCUUCCAGAAUUCUCCUUCGUCGAUCCUAACUGCUGUGGCGUGGGCACAAACUCCAUGCAUCCAACCGGCCUCGUCUCCGAGGGCGAGCUCCUCAUCAAGAAUGUAUACGACGCUGUCCGCUCCAGCCCGCAGUGGGAAGAGACGCUCAUGAUCCUCACCUUUGAUGAGACGGGAGGAUUCCACGACCACGUCCCGCCCCCACUGGCUACCCGUCCGGAUGACAUGACGUACACCGAGACAGCGCCCAGCGGUGAGCAGUAUACGUUCUUAUUCGAUCGUCUCGGUGGUCGCGUCCCGACCCUCUUGAUCUCGCCGUGGAUUGCUAAGGGCCAGGUGGAGCAGAAGGGCACUAACUCGGAUGGAAAUACUGUGUCUUACUCUGCUUCUUCAAUCCUGCGCACUCUCGGCUACCUCUGGGACUUUGAGCCUUUCACGCCUCGUGUUGGCUCUUCGCCUUCGUUUGAGCAUCUGAUUCAGGACACAGCCCGCACUGAUACCCCUGUCACAUUGCCUGUGCCCAAGGCAUUCAGAAAGGUAGAGAUUUAG